AUGUCAGAAACCAACAAGAAAACCUCAACCAAGGACAAGACUGAGACCAAGCCAAAGGUCGCCAAGACCAAGAAGACUGGUGAAGACGACAAGGAAAAGAUGUCUCGUUCCAAGAGAGCCGCCAUCACCUUCCCCGUCUCACGUAUUGAACGUCUUCUCAGAGACGGUCGUUAUGCCCCACGUGUCGAAUCCAACGCUCCAGUCUACUUGGCUGCCGUCCUCGAAUACUUGGUGAUUGAAAUUUUGGAACUCGCCCACAACAUCUGUUCACAAAACAAAAAGACCCGUAUCACCCCACAACACAUCAACUGGGCUGUCGGUAACGAUGCUGAGCUCAACCAUCUCUUCUCCAACGUCACUAUUGCCAACGGUGGUGUCGUCGCUGCUCCAACUCCAGCCACCGAAAAGAAGACCAAGAAGGUUACCAAGAAGAAAUCCUCUGCCUCUGCCGAAGGUUCCCAAACCUACUAA